GGAAGUAAAUAAAUGGCAAUCACGUGAAAGUUUCCUUUCACUUUGAAUCCACACUGUUACUGCCAAGAUGUUGAAACUCGUUUCGUUUUUAUUUGUAAUUGCUUUUGUUUAUGCCGACGAGCAGAAACAUUGGGCUCUUAUUGUUGCAGGAUCUGAGGGAUGGGAUAACUACAGACACCAGGCUGAUGCCUGUCAUGCCUAUCAGAUUAUGAAGAAACAUGGCAUCCCUGAUGAAAGAAUCAUUGUUAUGAUGUAUGAUGACAUCGCACACAAUAUUGAAAACCCAACUCCAGGGAUUGUGAUUAACCGACCCAAUGGUCCUGAUGUGUACCAUGGAGUCCCAAAAGACUACACUCACUCUGAGGUAACGCCUAAGAACUUUUUGGCUGCGUUGACUGGUGAUGAGGAAGGUUUGGCCAGUCGAGGACUGUUCGGAAAGAAAGUCAUCAAGAGUGGUCCAAAUGAUAAUGUUUUUGUGAACUUUGUUGACCAUGGUGCACCAGGAAUUCUAGCUUUUCCUGAACAAUUUCUUCAUGCUCGAGAUCUAAUGUCAGCCAUUAACAAGAUGCACAGUGAGCAGAAAUACGCAAAGAUGGUGUUUUAUAUUGAAGCCUGUGAAUCUGGAUCAAUGUUUCAAGACCUUCUGCCUAAGGACAUAAAUGUGUUUGCCACAACGGCAGCCAAUGCCCACGAGUCAUCGUACGCCUGCUACUUUGACAAGAAGAGGAGGACCUACCUCGGUGACGUCUACAGUGUCAUGUGGAUGGAGGACUCUGACAAGGAAGAUCUGCAGACAGAAACUCUUCAGAAACAGUUUUUGAUUGUGAAAGAGGAAACCAACACCAGUCACUGCCAGGAGUAUGGAGACAUGAGUAUAAGCAAUCUGGAUGUUGCAGAAUUCCAGGGCAAGAUGAAAUCCAGGACUACAUCAAAAUACGAUCGCAUUCGCAUUCCCAAUCCAAAUUUUGGUGCUGUCAAGUCUGAAGAUGUUCCUCUAGCUAUUCAGUAUCAGUCUGUUAAGGUUGCUGAAACGGAAGAAGAAAAAGACAAAUAUCUCACGAAGAUUGCUGCCCUCGAGCAAAAACGAACCCAGACAAUUGAAACGUUUAGGCGCAUCAUAAGUGUGUCACUAAACCACGAUUCUUGGAAGGUUUCCGAGGUGAUGUCUAGCCGGAUGACGCUCAGGAACUUUGAUUGUUAUGAGCCAAUUGUAGAGGCUCUUCGCCAGGAGUGUCCUGGUCUCAACAUUCCACAGAAUGACUAUGCUCUCCGACAUCUGUACACAUUUGUGAACUUGUGUGAAAUUCACCCGCGUCUUGACAAUGAUGAAAUCCUUGAUGCUAUCAGCAAAGUGGCUGAGGUUCCAGACAGUGGAUGUUAGAACACACAUGAAUUAUCAUAUUAACUAAUUCAUAGAAAUCUGAAAAAUUAUUUUUGAUGAAAAUAUUGUUUUCUCUGAUUAAUUAUUAACCAGUAUAUAACAUAAUUGUGAUUAUUAACAUUAAAUGAAGAAAUAUGAAAUGACUGUAAUUAACAUUGUCAGUAGCCCAGUUUUAGUUGCAGUGUUAGGUCUGCCCGUCUGUGUGGUUAAGAUGGGAUUAAACAUUGAUUAACUUGAAGUAUUUUAUAGUCAUCAUCAAGUUUUUACGCAGCUUAUCUGUUUGAAAAUGGUGUCAUCUUACAUUUGUUGCUACAUAUCUGAAUAGAGCAUAAUAUCAAAUAUGUUAUUGAAUAAAACAUAAUUUGAAAAUAAAUGUAGUUUACUUAGCUUUGUACAUUGCCGAGUCCACAGUUUGCUCAGUAUAUGUUAUUUGAACAGAGAUGCUCAAUACCAGAAAAUGAAAACUAUCCCAACAUUUAAGUCUUAAUUUUAAUGAUAUAGUUUGUAUGGAACUAAAUGCUUCUUUCUUUUUUUUAAAUGAAGUACAUGUAUAUGUCUAAUGACACAUAUAAAACAGUCAGUUAAAAAGUACCUGGGCCCAUGCUUAUAAAACUUUUAGUCCAGACUCAAUCUUUAAUGAUGUCCCACACACACAAUUUGUAUGGUGUUGUCAUGACAUUAGUGUCUCAGACUAAUAGUCUAAAAGUUUUCUAAGCACCAGACCUGGUAUGUUGUUCAUUUUCAUUCCAAACUUUCACCAAACUGCAGUCACUUAUUUUUUUAUAUGUAUUACUGUUUGUGAUCUAUAUAUAUUUUAAAGUUAUUUAUCUAGUUGUCUUGUAUUGUUUGUUAACUUGUUAUGUUAGAAAAAAACACAUGUGAUCUUUUGAUAGAUGCAAGAAUAUUUGUUAUAGUUUUUGAAUGUCUAUGUGAAGCAUUCAGUGUUUUUUUUCCUUCAUUAUUGGUGCAAUAUUGAAUUCUUUAAAAUGCUUCAUUCAGAACUGGUUAUUUUUACUGUUUUUAUCAUAAUGAAAUAUGGAUGUGAAAUUAAAAGUGAUUUAUACCUCUA